GGUGCGCCUGCGCGGAGUGGGCAGUCCGGCGGGGCCGCAGCCGCUGGGUGGCCGGCGGUUGCCUUGGGGAUCGCGCGGGCCCCUCAGUCCUCCGGACCCCACCCCACGCCGUUCCCCACCGAACCGGACAACCCCGGGACGUCCCCGGCCAUCCCCUCCCACUGGUCGGGCCGGAACUGCGCCGGGACCCGCGAGAGGCGGUGCCGCCCCGAGAUGUCGCAGACGGCCAUGUCCGAAACCUACGAUUUUUUGUUUAAGUUCCUGGUUAUUGGAAAUGCAGGCACUGGCAAGUCUUGCUUACUCCAUCAGUUUAUUGAAAAAAAAUUCAAAGAUGACUCAAAUCAUACAAUAGGAGUGGAAUUUGGUUCCAAGAUAAUAAAUGUUGGUGGUAAAUAUGUGAAGUUACAGAUAUGGGACACAGCAGGCCAAGAACGAUUCAGGUCUGUGACGAGAAGUUACUACAGAGGCGCAGCAGGGGCCCUCCUUGUCUAUGACAUCACCAGCCGAGAAACCUACAAUGCGCUUACUAAUUGGUUAACAGAUGCCCGGAUGCUAGCCAGCCAGAGCAUCGUCAUUGUCCUGUGUGGGAACAAGAGGGACCUGGAUGCGGACCGGGAAGUCACCUUCUUAGAAGCCUCCAGAUUUGCACAAGAAAAUGAGCUGAUGUUCCUAGAAACAAGUGCUCUGACGGGAGAAAAUGUGGAAGAGGCCUUUGUGCAGUGUGCCAGAAAAAUACUCAACAAAAUUGAAUCAGGUGAGCUGGACCCGGAAAGAAUGGGCUCGGGCAUCCAGUAUGGAGAUGCUGCCUUGAGACAGCUGCGGUCACCGCGUCGCGCCCAGGCCCCGAGUGCCCAGGAAUGCGGUUGUUAGAAGCAGCAAGGUAGCACCAGGUGUUCAUACAGUGGUAUUUGGGAUGCAAUUGUUGGAGCUUGAAGAAGUUUUUGCCACCAUCUGUUUCUACUUCACACAGGAGUAGGUCUUCAUGUGGAAAAGACAAUAAUUUGCUGUGUGAUGCAGGCUGGCUGUGGCCCAGCAAAGCCUGUAGUACAAUAAACCUGAUUCAGUGGACACCACCGUCAGCCGCGAACGUUCUCUGGUCCAUGUUCCCCUUCACCUUUGGUUUCAACCCUGGCUUUGUGCUGCGUAUACUCCAGCCAGCACAUCUUUACAGCACGGUACCUGACGUGUGAUUGGACAGACGUCACACUAAAUGCAGUCUCUUAUUGUUUUAAUCAUAUGAACUAAAGCCUGUUACUGUGAGCUGUGCUUCAGUCUUGCCGGUUGUGUCGCACAGUUGGUAUACUUAUGGCCUGAUACUCAGACUCUGGAGUCAAUGGCCAGUGCAGUCCUUACUUCAUUCCAUUUGCCAGUUCCGAGGUGUUUACGUGACCCACACCUGAAAUACCCGAUCAGUAGUUACACACCGAAAUAAAGUCAGAGGUGGGGUUUUCCUAUGAACGUGACACUGUCCAGCACUCUGUUGAUUUUUAAAGCGUCUCCAUCCCGCUCAGUUGGGGCCAUGUAACCUGUUCCUUUAGGCACUGUAGUCAGCAGUGAGGACCCUGGACCUGCAGCCACACUCACUGGGCAGCUGACUGUGCUCAGCUGUUGGUCAAUGCGACAGACCCCACAGCCUGUGCCAUUUUCUGCUGCCCGUGGUGAGCUGCCCACUCCUCUAGGAAACACUUGGUUGCUCCUGUGCUUUUCCUGGAAUUUGGUAUUAUAGCAUCACUGCCCUUUUUUAAGCCUUUUAUUGUUUAGUGUUCAUAUUAAGGAAACCCACUAAAUCAAGUCCUUAUUAAAGGGACACCACUAAGAAAUUUCUGUAUAGCUUUCGCUGAAUACUUAAAUGCCUUAGUACAGUUAUCAAGUCAACAUGUUUUUAAUUCAUGAGAGGUCUAUUGAAGUAUAAUAUAUAUUGUACUACAAAGACUUGUUCUAAUAUUUUAAAAUGUCAAUGCAAAAUAUAUAUAUAAAUAGAACUUUUCUUUAAAGUUGAAAUACAGCAUUCUUUAAGAUUGAAGGUUAAAAAGCAUUCUUCACCUUAUACGACGUGUUCUCCCACUGUGACGUUUUAGCUGCAGACUGAUUGCUAAAUUUCACUACCAGUCUGUCAGAAGCUGCCCACUGCUUUUGUUCUCGUUUUGUUUUAAUCAACAGAGCACAAUGACACCACAAACUCUGGGCAGUAACAUGGGUAAAAAUAUCUGUGUGUAUCUGUCUUAGUUAUUUUAAUUUGCUUUAAAAAAGCCUUGUGUAUUUUAUUUUGAAAAGCUGUAAUAUGAAGUAAAUUCUCAGACUGAGCCUCCCCUUGGACCUCUCUGAAAGAAUGUUUUUCACUCAGUGUCUCGUUCAUGGCAGUUUUGCAAGCUGUUCACUUUGGAGCAGCUUUUUGCAUGGGCUAGGAGCAUGUCCAUUCGACCACACCAGUUUAUUCAAAUGCAGGAAUUUUUAAAAUAAGAUAAAUGUUAAGUUGGUUUAUAAAUGAGCCUGUUAAUUAAACCAUCAGUACUGCAUAUCAAUUCCACAUUGUUUGACCAAUAAAAGUUGCUGGAGAACCAAA